AUCAAAAAUUGUUUGCCAGAACGAAGAAAUUCACCCAAUUUUCAGACAAACUAACCGUUCAAUCCCCGCCAUCGUUCACUUUUUACAUAAAUUAAGUAUGGACUAUUUCUUUGCCCAUAAUGAGAUACUGAUAUUUGUUUCAUUUUAAGUAGAAAAAGAGAGAAAAUGACGCAAAAUCUUUGUCGUAAACGACAAGGUAUGUACCAUGUGACGCGUUUCAACCAAUGAGAGUAAAGGAUUUUCACAUAAAGAAGCUGUAAUAUGUGCUGGUCCGCCAUUGCAGAGUUCUGAAAGCUCGUUGGUGUGAUCUGUAAUCCUGCUGACGGAAUGGACUUCAAAGGCCAUCCGACGCUGCAGGAUUAUCAGCAGUCAGUACAGAACACCGUAUUGCCUUGCAACGUUUAAAGUGCCGGAGACCAUACAAUAUUACCUCUUCUUCUCCGGGCAAGGUAAAACCCCUGUGCACCAUCGGGCCGCAUUUCACCCGAGUUCAGUGAAUGUCCCCGCGGAAAGUGGACACUCGAUUCAGGACCAGGACACGACGCAGACUACGACAAACGCAUCUCAACAGCCGACUCAACUGAGCGAGGAUUUCACCGCCAUGAAAGCAGACAUGCCUCAGGCCAGCCAGACGGACUCUGCCUCCCAGGCCCAGCAGGUCAAGCGGGCAGGCGGCAGAAUGACCAACCAGCUACAGUACCUACAGAAGACUGUCAUGAAAGCCCUCUGGAAGCACCAGUUUGCCUGGCCGUUCCACGUGCCGGUCGAUCCCACGAAGCUCAGCUUGCCGGAUUACUUCAAGAUCAUCAAGCAUCCCAUGGACCUGGGUACGAUCAAGAAGAAACUGGAGAGCAAUAGCUACUACAGCGCUAAGGAUUGCAUCUCAGACUUCAACCUGAUGUUCACCAACUGCUACGUCUACAACAAGCCUGGAGAGGAUGUUGUACUGAUGGGCCAGGCCUUGGAGAAGCUCUUCCUAACCAAAGUGGCCCAGAUGCCUCAAGAGGAGGUAGAGCUGCCGCCCCCGAGCAAGCCGGGGGCCGGAGACGACGCUGCGGCGGGGGGAAAGAAAGGCAAACGGGGGCGCGGCAGAGGUGCACCUCCAAGAGCAGCGGCAGCUGCCGCAGCAGCGGCCGUCACCCCCUCCGCCCAUCUUGCCGAGAACAACCACACCCCAGCCCCGACGCCGACGAAGAGACAAACGCCCCCCGUUACCCGGCCGGCGGCCCCUACCUCAAGACCGACCCCCAACACCAGGCCGACGCCCAACACCAGGCCCACGCCGGCGCGGCCGGCCCCGCCGGCUAUCCCUGCCCAGCAGCAGGCACCUGCUGUAGAGGUCGUAUUACCACCCCCUCCUGUCCAUCCCAGCGGCAAGGGACAGAUGUCGUCGCCGCCUCCAGGAGUCUCCAAAGUCAGAAAAGGCGUGAAGCGGAAAGCCGACACCACCACCCCCAGCACCACCCCGGGUCCCCCGAGCGUCCUGCUCAACUCCUUCUCCCAGCUGGACGGCCCCAAGCCCAACAAGAUUGCCACGCGACGGGAGAGCGGCCGGCAGAUCAAGCCCCCCAAGCGGGAACUGCCCGACGAGGAGGCGCAACACCAGAGGGGCAAGAAGUCCAAACUCUCCGUCCAGCUACGGCACUGCCAUGGCAUCUUGAAGGAGAUGCUCUCCAAGAAACAUGCUAUGUAUGCCUGGCCAUUCUUCAAACCCGUCGACGCUGAUGUGCUGGGCUUACACGACUACCACGACAUCAUCAAACACCCUAUGGACCUGGGGACAAUAAAGGAUAAGUUAGAAAAUCGAAGUUACAAAAACGCCAACGAGUUUGCUGCCGACAUGCGGAUGAUGUUCACAAAUUGCUACAAGUACAACCCACCAGACCACGACGUCGUCAACAUGGCCAGGAAACUGCAGGACGUGUUUGAGGUACGGUUCGCCAAGAUGCCCGACGAGCCGGUGACCGCCGACGAAGACAACGAGGACGACGACACAAAAGACAGCGACGCGAGCAGUCACCCCACGUCCCCGUCGUCAUGUUCCGAUGACGACAGCGAAGCGGAAAGGGAGACCCAGUUAACCAAGCUGCAGGCUCAGCUGAAAUCAGUACACGAACAACUGACGGCGCUCUCCCAAGCCUCCCAGAACCGGGCCAAGAAGAAGAAAGACCACAAGAAGAAGCGGCGGAAGGACAAAGAGCCCGAGAACCACACCUCCUCGGAGAAGGACAAAGACCGGACGGGGGUGGACCUGGAGGAGAAAGAAGUCCGAGGCGAGAAGCCCUCCAAGGUUAAGGAAGAACCGGAGCCUAAAGUCAAGGAGGAGGUUGAGAACAAGACGACAAAGCCCAAGAGGCCUCGAGCUAAGACCAAGGCCAAGGCUGGAGGGGACAAGACGACCAAGACUACUAAGACGAAGAAGAGUUCUAGCAGUUCAAAGAGGUCGAAAGCCAUAGUUCCCAACUACGACAGUGAAGACGAAGACAUGGCCAAACCGAUGUCCUACGACGAAAAGCGACAGCUGAGCUUGGACAUCAAUAAAUUACCAGGCGACAAGCUGGGCAGAGUGGUCCACAUCAUCCAGUCCCGGGAGCCAGCGCUCAAGGACUCCAACCCCGACGAGAUCGAGAUCGACUUCGAGAACCUCAAAUCCUCCACGCUGCGCGAGCUGGAAAGAUACGUCAUGUCCUGUUUGCGGAAAAAGCCGCGCAAGCCGUACGCCUCCAGAAAGGCAGGGGGUAAAUCAAAGGAGGAGGCAGUGAAAGAGAAGAAGCAGGAGCUGGAGAAGAGACUACAGGCAGUCAGCGGUCAACUCGGUGGCGGGUUCACAAAGAAAGCUGCCAAAAAAGCUCAGCAAGACGCCCUGGACGCCCUCGACGUCGGCGGCAAUCGUCUCAGCGCCAGCAGCAGCAGUUCCUCGGGCAGCGACAGCAGCAGUAGCAGCAGCUCCAGCUCCAACUCAUCCGACAGCAGUGACUCCGAGUCAGCUGAGCCAGUGUCGCCACGGAAACGGCUGAGACCGAGUACAGUGUCACCGCCAGGGAGGAAGCCGCCAACUCCAAGGAAAGCGCCCACUCCAAGAGCCGCAAAGAAGCAGACGGCCAAACAACAGCAGCAACAGCCGACCACCCAGCUUACCACAAUCAAGCUGACCUCGCAACAGCCUCAAACUGCCCCCGCUGAGGAGACCAAGGUCACACAUCCAUCAGCCACGGGAGAUUCCAACCACGUUCCAUCCAGCAAAGCCAAGACGGGUCAACCGUCGGCCAAGACGAAAGCAGCGUCCACAGCAGCAGCUGCGGCUACUGCAGCAGCCGCAGAGGUAGCAGCUGAAGCAGCGGCCGCAGCCAAAGCAGCAGCAACAGCGGCGGCUGCAGCACAAGCAGCCAAGCCCGAACCCAAGCCGGAAACGCCCUCCAAACCCUCAGCGCCAAUACCCAUCGCUCACAUGAGCCUCCCAGCCCAACCCAGCCGGCCUAGCAGCAAGGCGGCCCCGUUACCGGCUAAGAACAAGCGACCGCUCUUGUCGCCUCCAGCAAAGCAAGACGCCAAACCGGCCCCUGUCCCGCCGCUGCAGUCGCCCCCUCCGCUGCAGCCGGUACAGCAAGUAUCUCCAGUUGUGACAUCACCGCCGUCGCAGUUUCUCUCCACACCAACGCCAGACCUACCACUUCCAGUGCCAAAAAAUGAUGUCUCCAAGCCAUCGGUUCAGCAGCCGAAGCCUAAAGUCGCCCCACACCAACCCAAGCCAUCCGGCCUGCCCACACCCCCCUCCCUUACCCCGCUGAAACCCAGCCACCCGGCACCAGCCGCGACCAAACCGCCCAAACCCCACCCGAAGGACACGCCCGUCUCAGAGCCCCCGGCUCUCAAGUCGCAGCCCCCCGCGCCACCCCAGGGGCCUCCCGUGAUCUCCUCCCAUCCCCCUAGGCACGACGCCAACGCUGAAAGCCACGUGGGGGUGACAGACACACACCCGGACCGAGACCCAGACACGGACCCGGAUCAUCUUCCCGAGGCGCCGGCCCAACCCUCCCCACCGAUGCCGCUAGCGGGGCGUCACGAGUCACCGGUGUACAGCCCUUCCAUGCCCAUGUUGGAGAAGCCAGACCUGAUACCGGUCAAAUUCAUGAUCGGCGACGACGACGAAGAAGACGAGGAGGACCGAAAGGGGGAGGAGCCAAUGCAAAACAAUUCACCUGUUGCCGUGGAAACCUCAGCCCCGCCUCCAAGUCAGUCCCCCAUCGCCAAGGAACCCAUUAAGCAAGGCCCGCCAACCAAGUCCAGCAGCAUGCCUUCAACCAAGAGUUCGGAAAACCUCAAGAAGAUGGAGAGGACAACUCCAGGACCAAUGAAGAAGGCUCCGUCUCAAGACGUCAGGAUUCAGAACGUGGGAUCCUGGUCCAACCUAGCCACGGCUCUCAACCAACCAAAGACCAAGCAGGCAACGCCUGUGGCCAAUCGCUCCACGAGCUCCAGUUUUGAGAUGUUCAGGAAGGCCGCUCAGGAGAAGCAAGAGCGGGAACGAACCAAGAAGAUGCAAGAGGAACUGCGAAAGAACCAACGCGAACAGGCAGAGAAGGAACGACAACGGCAGGAGAGGGAGAGACUAAGGGAGAAGGAAGAAGAUGAAGCGUUGGAGAGGGCAAGACUGGCUCAGAAGGAGGACCAAAACAAGCAGCAGUCCCAGAAAGAACGAGAGAGACUACGCGAACAAGAACGACGGAAAAGAGAAGCGAUGGCAGGUGCAAUCGAUAUGAACCAACAAAGUGACAUCAUGUCCCAGUUUGAAGGAACGCUUUGAUAUCUACAAAGAAGUCUGGACGCUCCGUAUCUUAUUCCCCAAAGACUCGAUGGUGACAGACGCAACAUAGAACUCGAGACAAAUUCCGAAUUCCACCCCCUCCCCCUUCAAGAGGCAAGCAAGGAUUCAGUCUCCACACUGCAGCCAUCUUGGUCAGGUACCCAGAGUCACACAGCAAAGAGCACUAGGAAGUGGCUGGCAGUUUGCCAGGCACCAGCCUAAGCUCUUUUUUUUCUGAAGAUGCUUGGAACUCUGUUUUUCUGUUUUCUGAUGGUGCUUUUGUGGAUUGAGAAUCUAAAGAAUUUUUCUGAGGGGAGUUCUUUGAGAAGUGUUCAGCUGCAAAAAGGUGACCAUUCCUCAAGACUUUCACUUUUAUAAAGAAAGGAAAAAUCAUUGAAGAUGUCUCCAAUGAACUUGUCAAUAACUUGCAACGGUUUGAGUUGAAGCAAGUUCAUAAAAAACGUUUCUGAUCCUCGAGUUUGGUUUUUAAUUCUGGCACAGAUAAUUUGAGUGAAACUUUGCACUUAUUUUUUAAGCGAUAUUCCAACAGCAAAAAAAAAACUUGAAAGUCUUGAGACAUCCAAAGAAAGAAAAGUAAUCACAAAAAUUUUGGUAAUAUCUUGAAAGCUAGUUUAAAAUGAAUGGGAAAACGCUUUUAAAGAUUACUUAAAGUACUUGUGACUAUUCUUAAUUUUGAAGUGUUUAGUGAGGACUAUUAUUAUGAAUUUUUGGGUAUUAAGUAUGUGCAACAACCAAACAAUUCAUGGUCUCCUUAAGGAAAAAUAAAUAAAAAGCAAAAGUUAGUUGAGACGUUAGGCAGCCGAGGAAAUAUGCUCCAAAAUUUAGAGUCUUAUUUUCUGGGGGAAAUCAGGAGCUAGAGAGGAAAAAAAAGUGUACAGAUAAAAAUGAGAAUAAAUCGACACACUAUUUAUAAAAUGCUUGUCACCAUAUCACGAGCUCGCCUUAUUUAUGUAAAAUUGUACAUUAGAUAAAUGUGAUUCCAUGUGGGGUAAAUUUUCUUGCUUCACUUUUAGUGUCGAAAGAUUACAUGUAGACACUUUUCUUGAGCACGUUCGCAAAUGAGGGAAGUAAUCUUUAAGGAAUCUUGGAUCGUGUACAUCUUAUAGCGAGGGCGACGUUCUCGCUUUUGCCGUACUGCAGAAAGGAUUUCUGGGCUUUAGGCAUCGCCACAUUCCAUAUUUUCCGAAUCAGUUGGGCGCCUCAUGUGUCCAGAGAGCCCUCUGUUGAUAUAACUGAGAAAAUGGCAGGCAAGAUAAAUGCAAAUGCUGUCAAUUGGCCUCCACACACGAUAAAAAUCUCAAAUUCUUCCCUUCUAAUUUUUGAUAUCAAGUCUACAAAAUGUUGUUUUUAAAUUUCAGUGGUUAACAAAAAAUAGUGUUUGUGUUUAAUACCUUGUUCAGCAGUUUAGUACUACUAUUUUUUUCUCAUCUUUGAAUAAAAAAUAUGACUGGAUUGCACAAAUAUAUGACUAGAGUUCUUCAAAAUUGCAAAGUUGCCAGUCAAUUUUCGGCGUCAAUCAACAGCUUACCAAAAUGUUCUCCACUUUGAACAGUUUACCGAGAUUAUCAAACUUACAUUUGACAAUUUUGGUAAAAGUACUCUUUGUUUUUGCACUGGUAUCUUCCCAACCCACGUCAUAUCUAACCAACACAAUUCCUUAUCUAUGCAUUAUGUGUAACUUUGAAUGUUCCUCCCAAAGGGUUGUUGUAUAAGCUGUCACCGCCUCAAAGCGGUAUGGUUCCCAGGGUCUCAAUGAGUAUGUGUACAGUUUGCCGUUCCGGUACCUGGGGCGCCAGACUAUCAGGGAUUAAACCAGGCACAGACAACAACCCCUUCGGGCUCUACUUAAACCAUUUACGACUCCGCACAGACGCAUUGAUGUAUACAAACACUCGACCGAAACUGACCGACAACUUACACAUCUGCUAUAUUUGUAUAUAAUGCAGGUCAAAGGGCGAAGGACAUUUGCAUAAUUUAUGAAUACAAUUAAGAGUAUGAUGUAUUUAAAUAUGAGUGUACGACGAGUGGAGUAUUACUUUGACUUAAUUUUAUUGGGUUGUCAUAUUGAAGUGUAGCCCGGCAAUAUGUGUAUAGUGAUAUCAAAGUAAGAAAAUGGGAGCUGAUUAUUAAGUUGAACAAUUAACAUUGUACCUGCUUUCCAUUAAAUUUGAAUUAUUCCCAAUUUCUAAAUCAAAGUUUUAGUUGCGAUAAUCAGGAGGGAACAAAAAUUUACUUCCAGAAGCAUGAGAAGAUAUCUUUACAUGUAAACACGUAAAUACCAGACCAGAACUCCAGUUGUGUAGAAUUAGAUGUUAGUUAAGUUUGGUUAACCUAAAAAAAGUAGAGGAAAAAUGUAAAACAAAUAAUUUAUAGACUGUUGCAGUUGUUACUUUAAAAAAAAAAUCACAGUUUGUCUAUUAUUCAGAGUGGAUUUUUCCAAGUGUACAUGUUUCAAAUUGAGCUAAUUCAGUGAGAAAGAAAAUCACGGAACUCCGCAAAACAAUCAAAUUUGUGUUUUCAGAAAGCACGACCAGACACAUUGUAUUAAACUGAACUAUUCAAUUUCUUUCACACAUAUUACAUAAUUCUGACUCUCGUGAAUACGUAAUUCACGACAGGGUGUAAUUAAUUUACAAUUUUAGGGUAAAUAUAAACUCUGUACAUUUGUAAUGUUGUGUGUGAACAGUGAGGGAAAAUGACUAUGAAUUAUGAAUAUUAUUUUAUUUUAAUUUUUGUGCCACUUGCAAUUCUGAGAGUUGAGAAAGAAAAAUUACAAUCUUCGUUUUCCUCAUUUUGGACAGGAGACUUCAGAUUUUAAUCUUAAUUGGAAAAGCACAAGUGGUCAAAUUCAAUUUUUACUUCAAUGGUUGGUAGAUGCAUGCAAGCCUGUUUCAUUGAACUUACAGCACGGACACAUUUCUCACCUUUUUUUCAAAUUUCUGAGUUCUUUAUAAAACGUGGUCUUAGCUCUAGAUUCCGAAUGUUACGCUUACUCAAACAGAUACUUGGAUGUUAUUAAAUUGUUUUGUUUGCCAACACAACUUAAUUCAGUCUUAAAACCUUUUUGAAAAAAAGUUCACGCUUACAUUCGCUUUGGUCUUCUCUCAAAAGCGUGUAAGAUUCAAGUUUUCAGAGUUUUUAGAUCGGAGGUGACCGAGUCUAAUGCGAAAAUGUGAAUUUUUGUCCAAUUGUUUUAUAAAGUGGCAAGACAUCAAUUUGUUUUUAUUUUUCUGUUGACAUUUUUAAUUUUGUUUUUCAUAGGAUAUUUCAGUAAAAUACUAAUAAUAAUUGUGCGUACAGUACUUGCAACAGAAAUACUGUUUUCUUUCCUAGGUUAUCAAUGUUUACAGAAUUCAAUCGACCAAUUUUUAAGAAGAGGUGAUAGUGGAGGAGAUGACGAGAUUUAAACAAUUUCCUUGUUUUUUCUUCAAUUUUUGUUGAUAACAUUUGUAUGUCAUUUGUUAAUGUUCUGUUUGUAUUUAUUUGUCAUUUUAUGAAGAUUCUCCCCCCUGGAGAAAGAAGGGCAAGUUGACAAUAAAAAGAGGUAUUUUGUACAUCAGCUCUAUAA